AAAAGCAACAGAAGCCAACCACAAAGAUAAACAAAAGAAAUUGUUUCAAAUUUUUCAAUACUAAACUCUACUUUUUAAGUGAAAUAAUUUAUUGAAAGAAGUAUGUAUGCAGCGGUGGAACAUGGGCCUGUGCUUUGCAGUGACUCCAACAUCCUCUGCCUGUCCUGGAAGGGGCGCGUCCCCAAGAGCGAGAAGGAGAAGCCUGUGUGCCGGAGGCGGUACUAUGAAGAAGGCUGGCUGGCCACUGGCAACGGGCGUGGUGUGGUGGGGGUGACUUUCACCUCAAGCCACUGCCGCAGAGACAGGAGUACUCCACAGAGGAUAAACUUCAACCUGCGGGGCCACAACAGUGAGGUGGUACUGGUGAGGUGGAAUGAACCAUACCAGAAGCUGGCUACAUGUGAUGCAGAUGGAGGAAUAUUUGUGUGGAUUCAGUAUGAAGGCAGAUGGUCUGUAGAGCUGGUCAAUGACCGAGGGGCUCAGGUGAGUGAUUUCACAUGGAGCCAUGAUGGAACUCAAGCGCUUAUUUCAUAUCGAGAUGGGUUUGUCCUGGUUGGUUCUGUCAGUGGACAAAGACACUGGUCAUCUGAGAUCAACUUGGAAAGUCAAAUCACAUGUGGCAUAUGGACUCCUGAUGACCAGCAGGUGCUGUUUGGCACAGCUGACGGGCAGGUGAUUGUCAUGGACUGCCACGGCAGGAUGCUGGCCCACGUCCUGCUGCAUGAGUCUGAUGGCAUCCUCAGCAUGUCCUGGAACUACCCCAUCUUCCUGGUGGAAGACAGCAGCGAGAGCGACACAGACUCCGAUGACUACUCUCCUCCCCAAGAUGGUCCUGCAGCGUACCCCAUCCCGGUACAGAACAUCAAGCCUCUGCUUACCAUCAGCUUCACCUCGGGAGACAUCAGCUUAAUGAAUAACUACGAUGAUUUGUCUCCCACUGUCAUCCGCUCAGGGCUGAAAGCAAAGCUUAAGCACUAUCUUUAUUUUGCAUCCCUGCAGCGCCCUAUCAUUUCCAUAUGCUGGGGCCACCGUGACUCACGGCUGCUGAUGGCAUCAGGACCAGCCCUGUAUGUGGUGCGUGUGGAGCACAGAGUGUCCAGCCUGCAGCUGUUGUGCCAGCAGGCCAUUGCUAGUAACCUGAGAGAAGACAAGGAUGUCAGCAAGCUGAACCUACCCCCCCGCCUCUGCUCCUACCUCUCUACUGCCUUCAUCCCCACCAUCAAGCCCCCAAUUCCAGACCCCAACAACAUGCGAGACUUUGUCAGCUAUCCUUCAGCGGGCAAUGAGCGUCUGCACUGCACCAUGAAGCGCACUGAGGAUGACCCAGAAGUGGGCGGCCCAUGCUACACACUUUAUCUAGAGUACCUGGGUGGGCUUGUGCCCAUCCUCAAGGGGCGGCGCAUCAGCAAGCUGCGGCCGGAGUUUGUCAUCAUGGACCCGAGGACAGACGGCAAAUCAGAUGAGAUCUAUGGGAACAGCUUGAUUUCUACUGUGAUUGACAGCUGCAACUGUUCAGACUCCAGUGACAUUGAACUGAGUGAUGACUGGGCUGCCAAGAAAUCUCCCAAAAUUUCCAGAGCUAGCAAAUCCCCCAAACUCCCAAGGAUCAGCAUUGAGGCCCGCAAGUCUCCCAAGCUGCCCCGGGCUGCUCAGGAGAUCUCCCGGUCUCCUCGGUUGCCGAUGCGCAAGCCCUCCAUCGGCUCACCCAGCCUGACGCGCAGAGAGUUUCCUUUUGAAGACAUCACUCAGCACAGUUAUCUUGCUCAGGUCACAUCCAAUAUCUGGGGAACCAAAUUUAAGAUUGUGGGCUUGGCUGCUUUCCUGCCAACCAACCUCGGUGCAGGUAAAAAUUCAUCCUAUUUUCUUACUUUGGAAAUAGAUCUUAAAAAUCCAAUUUCAACCUUUAGCAGCCUAAAAGUUCCUUUUUCUAAUUUCCUUCCAGUGACAGGAGCCUCUGGUGUCCCCGAGAACAACCCACCUUGUACCGUGAACAUCCCAAUUGCACCAAUCCACAGCUCUGCUCAAGCUAUGUCCCCCACGCAGAGCAUAGGGCUGGUACAGUCUCUGCUCGCCAAUCAGAAUGUGCAGCUGGAUGUCCUGACCAAUCAGACAACAGCUGUGGGGGCAGUAGAACAUGCAGGAGACAACGCCACCCAGUAUCCAGUUUCCAACCGGUAUUCCAACCCAGGACAGGUGAUUUUCGGAGGUGCAGAAAUGGGCCGCAUCAUUCAGAACCCUCCUCAGUUGCCCUUGCCACCACCGCCACCACCACCACAAGGAGCUGUGCAGAUGUCUGUAAUGGACCAUGGAGACCGAGACCACGAACACCUGCAGAAGUCAACCAAGGUCUUGCGGCCAGUGCCCCAGCUGGCGGCUGAGGGGGAUGCAGUAGUUUUCAGUGCCCCCCAGGAAGUCCAGGUGACAAAAAUGAACCCCCCACCUCCCUACCCAGGAACCAUUCCUGCUGCCCCCACCACAGCAGCACCCCCACCCCCUCUGCCACCACCACAGCCCCCGGUGGAUGUGUGCUUAAAGAAGGGCGACUUCUCCCUCUACCCCACAGCAGUACAUUACCAGCCUCCCCUGGGCUAUGAGCGGAUCACCACCUUUGACAGCAGUGGCAAUGUGGAGGAGGUGUGCCGGCCUCGCACUAGGAUGCUCUGUUCCCAGAACACCUACACCCUUCCUGGCCCAGGUAGCUCUGCCACCUUGAGGCUCACAGCCACUGAGAAGAAGGUCCCUCAGCCCUGCACCAGUGCUACCCUGAACCGCCUGACUGUCCCCCGCUACUCCAUCCCCACAGGGGACCCACCACCAUACCCUGAAAUUGCUAGUCAGCUCGCCCAGGGGCGGGGCACUGCCCAGAGGCCAGACAGCAGCCUCAUUCAUGCCACCCUGCGGAGGAACAACCGCGAGGUGGCGCUGAAAAUGGCCCAGCUGGCUGACAGCUCCCGGGCGCCACUGCAGCCCCUAGCCAAGCCCAAGGGUGGCCCUGGCGGGGCAGUGGCACAGCUCCCAGCCCGGCCCCCACCAGCCCUGUACACCUGCAGCCAGUGCAGUGGGGCAGGGCCCAGUGCACAGUCAGGCACUGUCCUCGCUCAUGCUAUCAGCUCCUCCCCGCUGACCUCCCAGUCCUCUUACAACCUCCUGAGCCCACCUGACAGCACCCGUGACCGCACCGACUACGUCAACUCCGCCUUCACGGAGGAUGAGGCCCUGUCCCCCCACUGUCAGCUUGAGAAGCCCCUGAGACAUCCCCCACUGCCUGAAGCCACUGUCACCGUGAAGAGGCCGCCUCCUUACCACUGGGACCCUGUGCUGGGUGAGGAUGUGUGGGUUCCUCAGGAAAGGACAGCACAACCUGCAGUGCCCAACCCCUUAAAACUGCCCCCUCUGAUGCUAGGGCAGGGCCAGCACCUGGAUGUGGCUCGAGUGCCAUUUGUCUCCCCCAAGUCCCCUGCCAGCCCCACUGCCACUUUCCAAACAAGCUAUGGGAUGGGAGUGCCAUAUCCAGGAAGCUAUAACAACCCCCCUCUGCCCGGAGUGCAGGCUCCCUGCUCCCCCAAAGAUGCCCUGUCCCCAGCACAGUUUGCACACCAGGAGUCAACUGUCGUCCUUCAGCCAGCAUAUCCGCCUAGCCUCUCCUAUUGCACCCUGCCCCCCACAUACCCAGGAAGCAGCACGUGCUCCGGUUUACAGCUGCCACCUGUCGCCUUGCACCCAUGGAAUUCCUACAGCACCUGCCCACCUGUGCAAAACCCCCAGGGCACUCUCCCGUCUAACCCCCAUUUAGUGGUGGAGAAACCCCUUGUAUCCCCACCACCCGCUGACGUCCAAAGCCACAUGGGCACAGAGGUGAUGGUAGAGACUGCUGACAACUUUCAAGAAGUCCUCUCCCUGACGGAAAGCCCGGUCCCCCAGAGGACAGAAAAGUUUGGGAAGAAGAACCGGAAACGCCUGGACAGCCGAGCAGAGGAAGGAAGUGUUCAGGCCAUCACUGAGGGCAAAGUGAAGAAGGAGGCUAGAACUUUGAGUGACUUUAAUUCUCUCAUCUCCAGUCCCCGCUUGGGGAGAGAGAAGAAGAAAGUGAAGAGUCAGAAAGACCAACUGAAGUCAAAGAAGUUGAACAAGACAAAUGAAUUCCAGGACAGCUCCGAGAGUGAGCCCGAGCUGUUCAUCAGUGGGGACGAGCUGAUGAACCAAAGCCAGGGCAGCAAGAAGGGGUGGAAGAGCAAGAGGAGUCUUCGGACAGCCAGUGAGCUAGAGGAGUUCAAGUGCCGCAAAGCCAGCGAGAAGGACGAUGGGCGGCUGGGCAGCCAGGGCUUUGUGUAUGUGAUGGCCAAUAAGCAGCCUCUGUGGAACGAGGCCACACAGGUGUACCAGCUGGACUUCGGAGGACGGGUGACCCAGGAGUCGGCCAAGAACUUCCAGAUCGAGUUGGAGGGGCGGCAGGUGAUGCAGUUUGGACGGAUUGAUGGCAAUGCAUACAUCUUAGACUUCCAGUACCCCUUCUCAGCUGUGCAAGCCUUUGCUGUUGCCCUGGCCAACGUGACUCAGCGCCUCAAAUGAAGAGACCAGUACCGGAAGAAAGAUGCCACAGAGCCUUCAGAGGUAGAGCCCAUGCUGCUGCUAGCCAGGGGACCUGGAGACAACAGCAGAAGUGGGAGAGCCCGUCAAGCCGGGAAGGCACUGGCCUUUCGGCGUGUCGUUUAUUCCAUUACCUUUAUCAUCUGUCUUUCUUUUCUUCUUUAACUAAAGUGUUAUUUGCAAGGCAAGGGUGUGAAAUGCCUGGUGUUCUUUCAGACAGUGUUUAGUGGCUGCAGAAACACUCUGCUGAGUUUGCUUCUCAGUGACCAGGACAAGGGCCUUUGGAGAGAAGACAGACUGCCUUCUAGCCUGCCUGCUAUUUUAGACAUAGGGAGUGUGUGUUAGUGUUCAUUUUCCACAACAUCUGGCCUUUAUUACUCUUCCAACAUUAUCAUUAGUGCAAAACACAAACUUCAGAAAAUAAAAACGACCCCAAAUCCUGAAAAUUCAGGCUCUUUUAUGGGGAGAGGGCAGCAUUUAGUUCACAUAUAUUAUGGUACUCCCCAAAAGAUGACUUGAUGGAUGAAGGAUAUGAGGGCAAAUGCACUGUAUUCCAUUCACGAAAGUAGCUCUGUGCAGAGGUACUAUCAUCAGGGUGGAUGUGGUUUGGUGUCAAAGAAGGGGUUAUAAACAGGUGAGGAAUGAUGUGCCCAUGCAGACAAAUACUUGGGGGACUCAGUGGUGUGCUUUAUAUAAAGACUACACUUCUCUUCCAGAAGACUCCAAUAUAAACAUCACAUAUGAUGUCAGAUGUUGCAUAGGAUCAAUGAUAACUGUUGAGUAAGAUGUCCUGAAGGUAAGAGACACCAGUGAAAAGAGCCCAGGGAUUAUGUCUGAUAAAGGGUAUGACAGUCAGUAGAACCCAUAUUUACUGAGCAAGAUGGUAUUGCCUCUAUGCCUUUUAAAAAAAUCUCAAACACAUUAUUACAAACAUAUUUCUCAUUAGAUAUCAUUAAUGUGUCAUUUCCCUUUCUAAAAAUAUGGAUGAGACUUGAUUUGAAGCAAUUCUUUCUUGGUUACAUUAAAAUUCAGUUGACUAGAAAUGCUUUCCAUCAAGUUACAUAUGUAACCCCCCAAAAUGGAAGCUUUGCCAGGAUAUGAAAAAGUAGCAGUAUAGUCAAAUCCUUGACAAAUGCUCCAUGAUACUCUCCAGGGGAUGGGGAGAGCUUUUUAUCCAUCUAGACUGUUUUUACUGAGGUGAGAAACUACUAAGAAAGCAUCGUUAAAAAAUGACUAUACCUAUGGCGGUUAGAUGUCUGCUCUUUGUUAGUUCAGCCUAGAAGAUCUUUGCCCACUUAUCUAUAAUGAGAUGCUGCCAAUACGACCUAGUUUGCUUUUGGUUACUCCUACUGAUAUUGUUUCAGGAUAGAGCAUGACAGCUGACUGCUAGCUUUGACACAUAAAUUUAGAUUGUAUUUGGAAACAGGAAAGUGGAAGAUGCUUACAGGAAAGUAUUUUCAAAUUGAAUUUAAUUUUCAAUUUUUA